GUGAUAGAAUAGAAAACGACAAUAAAGAGGCAUGAGGGGUUAAGAGUCUAGAGCAGCAGAAGGCAGAAGGAGGUGUAGCUAGGGUUUUAGUUGGAGAAAUGCUGUGAUUGUAUGCAGAAGCAUGAUCGCCAAGUCCCUCUUAAUUCCUACAACUGCCAAUCUUCCCUUCUCAUCUCCAAAGACUCUCUCUUUUCCCCAAUUCCGCCACCCCCGACUCCCUUUCCCCAACAAAGCCUAUUCCUUUACAACGCAAUUCCUCAGAAAGCAUUUUUUUCCUCAAUGUCAAAACCCCAGCAACCCAUCUCCAUACCUUGCUGAACACCUCGACGAUACCCGAGAAGCCAUUUCCCACUUCCUUGUAGAAUUUGGAAUCACCAUAGAGGAUUCCACUUCCAUUGCUUCAAACUGUCCCCAAUAUGCCAAGAUGCUAAUUGACAGUGUAAAAGAUUUGGAGGAGUGGAACGCAUGGAAAAGUGAUGAAAUGGAAUUUGAUGCUUUGGGGUUUAAGGAGAAGGUCCUUUAUAUGGCCAAGGAGAAGGGUGAUAAUGGUAAGGUUGCUUUUCUCGAGAGUCUUGGUUUCACUUUGUCUUCCGCUAUGAAUGUCGCUCGAUAUCUCUCCACCGAGUCGCUUCCUGCUCUCAUUCUCAAGGUUAAGUAUAUCAAGGAAAUGUUCUUUUCUGGCAGUGAUGAUAAAGGCCAUAUUGGAAGAAAUGCACGACGUAUGAUGAUGCACUUAUCUAUACCUAUUGAUGACGAUCUGCAACAGACCUUGUCUCUGUUCGAAAAGAUUCAAGCAAGGCGUGGAGGUUUAGAUAGGCUUGGUUCUUCAGAUGCUACUUUUCGUUAUUUCAUUGAAUCAUUUCCACGGACUCUUUUGUUGCAACCAGACGCACAUCUGAAGCCUAUGGUGGAAUUUUUUGAAAGUUUAGGGGUUCCCAAGGAACGUAUGGACAGCAUAUUCCUAUUGUUUCCUCCUGUUAUCUUAUACGACAUUAAGGUCAUUAAAAGAAAAGUUCUGGCUCUUGAGAAGGUUGGUGCAGUUGAUGAGGAUUUUGGUAAAAUGAUUUUUAAAUAUCCAUGGAUUCUCUCAACGAGCAUUCAAGAUAAUUAUAAGGAGAUUCUUUCUUUUUGCGAUGCGGAGAAGGUUGCAAAAGCGAGCAUUGACAAAGCAAUCAGAAGCUGGCCUCAUUUGUUGGGUUGUUCAACUAGCAAGUUGAAAGUGAUUGUGGACCAUUUUGGAAUAUUAGGUGUCAAACACAAGAAGGUGGGACAUGUGAUCGCUAAAAGUCCUCAGUUGCUACUAAGGAAGCCUGAAGAGUUUCUGCAGGUGGUUUCGUUUUUAAAAGAGCUAGGAUUCGAUCAGGAAAGCGUGGGAAAGAUACUUGUGCGCUGUCCCGAGAUUUUUGCUACGAGUGCAGAGAAGACAUUGAGGAAAAAAGUGGAGUUUCUUACAUGGAUGGGUGUUUAUGGAGACCAUCUGUGUCGGACGAUAAAGAAAUAUCCAGAGCUGCUGGUGUCUGAUAUCGAAAGGACAUUACAUCCUAGGAUGAAGUACUUGAUGGAGGUAGGAGUGACAAAGGAGGAGGUUGGGUUGAUGGUGGGUAGGUUCUCUCCGUUACUAGGGUACAGCAUCGAGGAGGUAUUGAGACCAAAGUAUGAAUUCCUGGUGAAUACGAUGGGGAAAGGAGUGAAAGAAGUAGUGGAAUAUCCAAGGUAUUUUAGUUAUUCCUUGGAAAAGAAGAUAAAGCCAAGAUAUUGGGCGGUGAUGAGGAGGAAUGUAGAAUGUAGCUUAAAGGAAAUGCUGGAUAAAAAUGAUGACGAUUUCGCUCACCACUUUAUUGUAUGAGGAUGUUUAUUAUUGUAAAUAUCACACUUACAUGGAAAUAUGGAUGGAAUCUUACCAUUUUGUUA